AGUAAUUUAACUUUGAAAUAUUUGUAAAAAAUUUUGUUUAAAAAGAAAUAAAAUAUUAAAAUAAAUUAUUUAUUAUAAAAAAUUUCAAGUAAGAGAAAUAACAUGAAUAACAUUUUUCCAUUAAUAUAUUCAAUUUUCGUUACGACGCGUGCAUUAGCAGGUACGCAACACAGCAUACAAAACAACCCAAUCAAAACCGCGUUGGAUUUAGUGUCAGCGAAUAAAAUAAAUGCAAUAGUAGAAACAAUAUCAUGUUAUUCCAAACAGUAUUUUAUUACUACUGAUAUUAAAAAUGGAAGCCAUGAAUUGUGGGAUGAUUUAGUCGCUAAUGUAGAAAUAAUCAUUGACAAUAUUUUCACAAAAGAAUACAAUAUGUCAGAAGAAUGUGAAAAAUUGGGUACGAUUUUAUGCGAUAACGCAGAAAAAAAGGAUUCCUGUUUCAAAGAUAUUAAGUUAUGUACAGCGGAUGUUUACAAAAGAUUGUUUAACAUCAGUGAAACAAAUACAAGAAAUAUUUGGAAAUCAAUGAUAGAAUCAGAGAAGAAAUUGAUAAGAAAUGCUGUGGAGUAUUUUAAAAAUACUUGGUCUUUAGAAGGAUUAAUUAAGAAUGAUUUAUUUGAAGAACGAAAAGAUUACAUAAUUAAAAAUUUUAAACAUAUUGCACUAAAAUAUUUUAAACAGGCAACUGUAAAUGAAUCUAUUGAUAUGGAGGACAUUAGAAAAUCUUUACGCCUUACGUUAAAUUCAAAAUAAAAACUAAAACCAUUAAAAACCAUUGUUUUUUCUUUUUACUAAGCUUAAAAGAGUUAUUACUAUAAUUAGUUGUAAUAAUAUACAAAUUAUAAAAUAAAUAUCUCUAUUGUUUUAUUAACC